AUGGCGAACCCUGAAACUACAACUGACAAAUCACCGGCUUCACCAACACGGCGGAAAUUACCUAAGACUCCGGAGCAAAUUGCUCGAGAAAAACUGGUUAGUGGACGUGUCCAAAUCCAAGUUUGGUAUCACAGUGAACGCAGUGAAUUGGCCGUAUCCUUGAUGGCAGCCGAUGAUUUGGCAUUACGUGAUGAAGCCUACGGGCAUGGAAAUUUGCCAGAAGCCUAUGCAAAAGUUCGAAUUUUACCAAAAUGCGGCGAUGGUUCGGUCCAACAAACCGAAGUCAGUCCACCGACCCAGAACCCCAUAUGGAAUGCAACGCUAUCGUUUGCUCACGUUAAAGCCGAACACCUCAUGGAUCGUUACAUUGAUAUACAACUGUGGGAUCUGGUACCCCACACUGAGUCCAUAUUCUUGGGCGAGUGCAAUAUUGAGUUGCAACAGGUAUUUCUGGACGAUCGUGCCAUUUGGUGUCGUCUCGAAGAUCCAAAAGGUUUGCGCGGCAUUAGCAUGUCGAAAUCGCCCAGUGUAUCACCGCGCGGCUCCAUCGCUGCGGGCGGUCCCGGCGGCGAUGUCUCACGUCUGCUGCGCCGAGAUUACAAUAUGCAACGUUCCAUUUCGGAUGAUGUGGAUUCGAUUGGUGAGUGUACGUCGCUGUUGCAUCCGGAUCAUGCCUGGAUUGCCGGCUCGCGACGUGGUUCAUCGCAAUCGGAGACACUGGAAGUGGAAGUCUAUCAGUUGGGCAAAGAUUUUUCGAGAUCAUUGCCUGGAUCUCGACGCUCAUCAUUUCAGGAUGCUGACAAGAAUCGAGAAGAUGAUAUGGCUCCACCUCCUGCCACCUAUUUGGUGGGUCGUCGUCGGUCGUCGGUGGCACGCCGUGACCCCGAGGAGAUAUUGAAAUCGUUGAAGGCCGUCGGCCGGGCCAUGAGUUUAGGUACCGAACAGACGGUCAAACGUAUGGGCUCAAGACGCACAAGUCGUGUUGGUCUUCCCAGCAAUCCGAGUAGUCGCAAAAGUUCCGUUUUCGAUUUGUCACAACAACAGCAGCAGCAACAAUUGCCCAUGGGUUUGGGCAACGCGGCGACAAGUCCACCCUCCGACGAUGAGUCCAAGACAAACUUUCCACCCCGUUGGAAGGGCAGCGGUGGAAAUAUGUUACCGGCAACUCCGAAACAAGCCCUCUCCAUGCUUAAGCAAGCCUCAUCGGCCACAAAUGUUUCCGAAAGACAAUACUAUUUGGGAUCACAACUCACCGACAGUCCACAGAAUAUGCGCAAGGGCAGUGUUUACAAUUUGAGACCCGACGACAGUCCACAACGCAAAUCGAGUAUUUAUGCCAUGAAUGCGGGCGAGACGCUAGCACCACGACAGCAGCGUAAGGGCAGCAUGUAUGUGGCAUCGUCAAGCAGCGGUACGGGAACUGCCCCAAAUGCCGGUUCAAGUCUAAUGGUACAUGAACCGCUACGCAAGAAUAUUAUAAUGGCUCCGUCCACACCCGACAGCCCGUCCAUGUCCCGCAAAUCGAGUGUUGUUCCCUCAAAUUCUAGUGCAAAAUCCUACAAGAGCCUGUCGGAUUCGUCGAGUAAUUUAUCGACAACGGUUUCUUCAUCGCUCAGCGCCACAUCGACCAGUUAUGGUCUACAAUUGGGACCCGGACAAAUUCACCCGAAAGGUUAUCGUCUCACAAUGGAACGUCAUGGUGAACUGAGGAUGGGCUUUAGCAAGGUUAAGGGUUACGUAGAAGUCGAGUUAAUUUGUGCCCGAAAAAUAGUACCCGUGGACUGUGAAACACCACCCGAUACGUAUGUAAAAUGCUACAUCAAGGACGGGGAUCGUUUGCGGCACAAAAAGAAAACUCGAGUGGUAAGGCAUUCAGCGGAACCCAUUUACAAGCAGACAAUUAAAUAUCAGUGUUCGGAUGUAUUCGGUCGUAAUAUUGUCAUUAUGGUGUGGCAGCGCUGUGUUGGCUUCGAACACAAUCAAGGCCUCGGUGGCACCGAAGUCAAUCUGGAUAAACUGAAUAUGGACGAACAUGUCAACGGCUGGUAUCCGUUGUUUCCGAUGCACUCAUUUGGCGGUUCAGAUUCGGAUAAUUCUCCUUGACCGAUCACGCCCAAUCAUCAAUAUAAUUCAUGCGACAGCAUAACUGGCACCGGUCUCUUCAGCAAUCAAAUGGCGGCAGCAACUUUGAAAGCUGUUACCACACCAUUGCGAUUGACAGAGGAUACAUCGCCGACAGAAUCGGCUCCAACAAAGAAACAUUUAAUGGUAACCGCAACACCAUCUCCAACCACAACAACAGCCGGAGCUGCAACAGCAACAAUUAUUGCAACAACACCAAUAGAAUAUAAGACACCGGAAAAGACGGACAUUGUCCGGGAUUUGUUGGUAUUUUUUAAGAAACUCUUUAAAUGUAAG